AUGUAUCACCUGUUCAAGUCGAUAUAUCUCCAUGCGACAAGUAAGGAAGAGUACUCCGUCCUCCUCCUAGGCCUCGACAAUGCCGGCAAGACGACACUCCUCGAGCAAAUAAAAGGCACCUACUCGGCCUCGCACCCCAACCUCAAGACCGUUCCCACCGUCGGCCAAAACGUUGCUACCAUCGCCCUUCCACCUCCAAAUCCACCCAUCUACCUCAAGAUAUGGGACGUCGGCGGCCAACAUAGCUUGCGCGGGCUUUGGCAGUCAUACUACAGCAGCUGUCACGCCAUCGUCUUCGUCAUAGACAGCAGCGAUGUAGGCAACGCCACCCUAGCCGACAUGAGCGCGAACAAUGCAGCAAGCAUAGAAGACAUUGGGCGAUUGGACGAGUGCAAGUUGGUCUUGGAGAGCGUGUUGGCGAACGAAGAUGCCAGCGGCGUGCCGAUAUUGAUACUGGCGAACAAGCAAGAUCGCGAAGACUGCGUCGAAGUUGUCAGGAUCAAAGAGGGCUUCGUGAGAAGAGUGUUCGAGGGAGAGAAGGGUGGAAACGUGAGGGACAGCAGAGUACUUCCUUGCAGUGCUCUCACAGGGACUGGUGUGCAGGAGGCGGUGGAAUGGCUGUGCAGUAGGAUGGCAUUCAAUAAAGAGGCAAGACCGCCCGUCAUGAGGUAG